CAUGUUCGGAAGAGCGCAAAAUGCAAAAUAAAUGGAAAAUGAGCUCAUGAGGCGGGGCCUCGUAGCUUGAGACGGGGGCGCAUCAAAGGUGAUGGACCAAGCCGCAAUUAAUCAAUGCCAUUGGUCUUGAUCAAAGUAUACCAAAGAGUACAGCAUAUUACAAGAAUUUUUAAUUCUUCAAUCGAAACUGGCUGUCCUAGUACUGGGCGGUCUUCAAAAAAGAGCCGUCAACAUCAUUUUUUGGAUUUCUUUGUGUAAUCUUAUGAAGGUUGCGAGUGCUCGCUUAAACGAUUUGAAUGACUGGCAAGUCAGCUCUUGCAAUAAGAAUAGUAAUAGGUGAAUGUUAGUUGUAGCUCACACAACUCAUCGGAAACCUUAUUAUUAUUACAAUAAAGAAAUGGUUGUACACCGUCUAUCCAGAAAGCGCCAUGUUUAUUUCUUACUUGCGGUAGUUUCUGACAAGAUGCUGACGCAACAGCAACAAUUUAUCUAUUCCCGCACAAUGUUCUUGUGUCUUCCGUCUACUUUUCGCUGAUAACCGCAAAUAGUAAUGCUAAAUUGGUGAUUGUCAGAAAUGACUAAAUUGUGCCGUGUACAUGAGGUGGCUUUACGUCAAGUUUGACAUAAUCAGAUUCUUUCGCUUGGCUUUAAUAUGCUGUCUGGUAUGCUGAUUCAGCACGGACAGCGAAACUGCUU